GAGCUUCUGAAUCUAUUCGAUGACAGUCGCGCCAUCAAUGAGACACUCGAUACAGCGGAACAGUUAUCGCAAGAGUGUCGCAACCUUUCCAUGAUGUACGCUCAAUUAAUCGACGAGUAUGAUGACAUAUUUGUCCAAAAUGCUGCCGAACAUGCUGGAACGUUGGAGCGAGCUGGAGCUUUGCUAAUAAACUCUUUUACGGCAACUCGUACAGAAGCAGAGAAUCCUCUCAAGGCAUCGCAAGCUUACGAGGAGAUAGCAUCUGCUUUGAAGAAUGCUACGAAGGCUGCCGAAACGGCUGUGAAAGCUGCUGAAGAUGCUUAUGCCGAGGCAGAUGAAAAAUCCGAAAAUUCCAUGGUAAAAAAAGUAACUGAUUCCGAAAAGAACAGUCAGGCUUUAGCAGACGAAGCUCGCAAUAUCCGUAAGCAGUGGGAGAUGUCCGAUAUGGAGAACGAACGCAAGCAGUUGGAUGAACGUUUAGCUUACGUAAACGAGCAGAAUAUCGAUAUGAUCAAGAGGAAUGAUGUUGUAAAGAACCAAUGGUCGAAAUUUGACGACCAUCACGAUCGGACUAUUGGUCUACAGUCCGUGGCUCGUGACGCGGAUAAGCGCGCGGAGAUCGCAAGAAAGGCUACAGAGGCGUUGGUUACGGAGGUAAAAGAGAUUGCUGAACAAACGAACAAGUUGCUCAAUAGCACUGGACAAGGAAUUCGAGAAGACAUUGAGCAGCGUUCGUUCACUUCACCAGCUCAUCCAUCGCCUUCAAAUUCAUUCUCGAUUAAAUAUCGUCCACUUCGAAAUGUACCCGACAGUGCUGUUUUCAUUACCAGAACCAAGCCAAGACGUACACAACCUAGCGAGUUCAUAGCCAUCGAGGUCCGUGACAAACGUGUCGUAGCCCAUUGGAAUGUUGGAGGAGGAGCGAAAAUGGCAACUAACUCUCACUCAAUCCUAUACAUCCCAAAUACGGAUAGAUCGAACUGGUACCAUAUCGAUGUUGAACGCAUUGGGAACGCUUUGAAUCUUACCGUAGCCUUGAAAGAGACUGUAACUGGAGCAGCUGAUAAAUUGCGUACCGAUGCCGUAAGCGUGUUUGUUGGAGAUGGAGAGUAUGAUGGUGAGGUGCUAUUCAAUACUAUUCCUGGCGAGACGGAGAUUUCGAUGGGAACCGAUCCCGAAAGCGCAGCCGAGAUGGGUCUUGCGACGAAUAAG